AUGAAGCAUCGAGCACACAUGAAUGGAGAUGUGCUGAUUGCUGGAUUUUUUCCUCUUUACACUUUAGGAACAGAUAGCAGUAACACUGAUGGUUCCAGGAAGGAAGACAGUAAUCCGUUUAUCUUCAAAAACUACCAGUUUGUUUUAGCCUUGGCUUUUGCUAUUGAAGAAAUCAACAAAAAUUCUCAUCUUUUACACAACUUGACUCUGGGAUUUGAUAUCUAUGAUGUUCAAUUUGGACAUUGGCUAGCAUUUAAAAAUCACUUUACUUGCCUCUUUGGGAAGUACAAGAGUCCAAACUACUCCUGCAUGAGAGACAGCAAAUCGAUAGCAGUGAUUACGGGACCAUCAGGAUUAACAUCUUCCGAGAUUGGAACGUUGUUGAGCCUCUACAGGUAUCCACAGCUUACAUUUGGGCCUUUUGAUCAUACCCUGAAUGACCAUAACAAGUUCCCUGCUCUCUAUCAGAUGGCCCCAAAGGACACAUCAAUGGCCCCUGCCAUUGUCUCCUUACUGCUUCACUUCAACUGGAACUGGGUGGGAAUAUUCACCUUAGAAGCUGAGAAUGGUUUGUGGAUUCUACCUGAAUUAAAAGUAGAAAUGGCCAAGAGCAGACUUUGUAUAGCCUUUGAGCUAGUGAUUCCAACCCAUGCCUUUUCAUAUACACUCAAAAUCAUGUCCCUUUACAACCAGAUUAAUAAAUCUUCAGCAAAUGUUCUCAUCAUAUAUGGUGAUGAUGAAUCCCUACUAGAUUUAAUGAAGUGUGUUGAGCAAGUAUUCAUAAAAGGCAAAGUGUGUAUAUUGAACUCACAGUGGGAGUUAACCAUCAGAAAGAAGUAUUUCCUGCUAGGCUCCGUCCAUGUACCUCUCAUUUUCUCACAUCAUCAUCCAGCUAUUUCUGGAUUCGCAGAUUUUGUCAAGGCUGUUAGCCCUUCCAAAUACCCAGAAGACUUUUUCCUUGCUCGGCUGUGGUUUCUCUCUUUUAAUUGCUCCAAUUCUGAGUCUGACUGUGUAACGUGGGAGAACUGUCCUCGUAAUGCCUCCUUGGAUUGGUUGCCUAGGCAUAAUUAUGACCUAACUAUGUCUGGAGACAGUUACAAUAUACACAAUGCUGUGUAUGCUGUGGCCCAGGCUCUACAUGAGACGCUUCUUUAUCAAACAGAACAACAAACCAUGGGAAACCAAAAAGGAACAGUGCCUUCCCCUGCACAGCUGCAUGCUUUCCUGAAAAACAACCAAUUUCACAACCCUGCUGGAGACCCAAUCAUUUUGGAUGAGAAAAGGAAGCUGGAGGCAGAGUAUGACAUUGUGAACAUUUGGAAUUUUCCAGAAGGUCUUCAACUUGAGGUGAUAGUAGGGAAAUUUUCUCCACGUGCUCUACAUGGCCAUCAACUGUCUUUAUCAGAAGAUAUGGUACAGUGGGCCGUAGGAACUACAGAGACUCCUCACUCUGUCUGCAGUGAGAGCUGUGGUCCUGGAUAUAGGAAAUCUCCUCAGGAAGAGGAGGCUUUCUGUUGCUUUGAUUGUACCCCUUGCACAGAGAAUGAGAUUGCCAAUGGUACAGAUGUGGAGCAGUGUAUGAAGUGUCCAGAUCAUCAGUAUGCCAACACACAGAGAAACCAGUGCCUCCUAAGAGCUGCAAGUUUCCUGGCUUAUGGAGAGCCCUUAGGGAUGGCCUUGGCAUGCAUGGCUCUUUCCUUAUCUACACUAACAGCAGUUGUUCUUGGGGUGUUUGUGAAACAUCACAACACCCCCAUUGUCAGGGCUAAUAACCAGGCUCUCAGCUACAUCCUGCUCAUCUCCCUCAUCUUCUGUUUUCUCUGUUCCUUGCUCUUUAUUGGCCGCCCCAACUCAGUCACCUGCAUUCUACAGCAAACCAUAUUUGGAGUUUCAUUCACUGUAGCUGUUUCUGCUGUCUUAGCCAAAACUGUAACUGUGGUUCUGGCCUUCAAGAUCACGUCUCCAGGGAGAAGGAUGAGAUGGCUACUGGUAUCUGGGGCUCCUAACAUCAUCAUUCCCAUCUGCACCCUGAUCCAAGUGAUUCUCUGUGCAAUCUGGCUGGUAUCCUCUCCUCCCUUCAUUGACACAGAUCCCCACUCUGAACAUGGCCUAAUCAUCAUCCAGUGUAACAAGGGCUCCCUCACUGCUUUCUAUUGUGUCUUGGGAUACCUUGUUUUCCUGGCCCUGGCCAGCUUCACUGUGGCUUUCCUGGCCAGGAACCUGCCUGACACCUUCAAUGAAGCCAAGUUCUUGACCUUCAGCAUGCUGGUGUUCUGCAGUGUGUGGCUCACCUUCCUGCCUGUCUACCACAGUGCCAAGGGAAAGGUCAUGAUAUCUAUGGAAGUCUUCUCCAUCUUAGCCUCCAGUGCAGGUCUCCUCUGCUGCAUUUUUACCCCCAAGUGCUAUGUCAUCUUAUUAAGUCCAAAUAAAAUUUUUCUGCAUGGCUACAGGGAUAAAAAACACAGAAUUAGAACUAAGCAUUUUUAA